UUCUAUUUAUAGAUCUAGACAGAGAAAUCCAGUGACCCCCACAAGACUCCCGGGAUCCAAAAAAUUGUGUUUCACAGAAAGUUCAAGGGUCCAUCAAACUUAUCCUAGAUGCAAAAUGUUUGCUUCUGCCAUCAUCUUGCUUACUGUGGCUAUCAAUGAAGUGGCUUUGCAACCAGUACCCUGGCCACCACUUGUGACCAGCUGCAAUGUCAUGCCACGAAUAGCUGCAGACAUGACUGUUGCAGCUGUCGGACAGCUCUCUUGUGUCAGCUCAGGGUGGCCAGAAUGUGACACCAUCUACUGUAACGUGGUUUCCAACAGUGAGCAGCUGGAAAUACAACUGCUUCCCUGUUGGGAGUAUCCAGCACUCUGGUUGAAGGGCAGGGACAUCAAUGGUAAGGAGAUUCUUCAGCACAUUUUUUACAAGGACGUGGAGACAUUUAAGAUGAUGAUCGGUGAUGCACAAGUUACUCUUUAUGUUGCUAUUGUGCAAAGGAGCAAACUGACUGUGGGUGUUGAGGUAACCGCUCAAGUUGGAAAUAGCAAUGUAACACUCAUUCCAUACAGAGACAUCCCUCUCAACACUUCAUUCUGUCAAGAUCCUACUCCUCUCACCUGUGAAGUUCUUGAGUUUAUUGAGCAAUACAUUAUCGUGGAGCAAUCAGCCUGGACACAUGACCCAGCCCUUACUCCUCAAUGUUUAAUACCAGACUCAGCACACUGCACCAGUGUCAAGUGCCAAUGGCCAUCCAACCCGCUUCAUAGUCAGCAGGCAGAGAUGGACCUGCUACCUUGCUUAAAGCCGGCUGGAAUGAGGAUUAGUGUGAGCAAUUCACAGGAUGGUGUAGUUUUCAACCACACAUUUCAACAAUCGGAGAUAGUUAAAUUUAACUCUGAUACAAAAUUAAAUGUGACGUUAACUCACCCCCAAGAAGGAGUGAUAGGACUAGAGGUAAUCUCAAUAACAACCACUCGUAACUUUACUCAGCUCUCCUUUGUGAGAGUGCCUCUACCAAAGUGCUCCACAUUUGUCGUUUCUGAGUAAAUUAGUAAAUAAUAAAUUUUUCAGGUAGUCUUGUGUAUAGAGAGAGAUACAUUAUGAUCUUUAGUCCUAAUAUGUUGAAUUUGGUGGUACGAACUCAUGAUUUUUCCUAUCCAUUUUGUAUUAUAAUUAUACUCCCUAUCUGAUCAUGAUCAUUGUUUUUUGUUG